UCUGUCCAAAAGUGCUCCAUCAUGUCAAUUCUCAAAAUUCACGCCCGAGAGAUCUUUGACUCACGUGGGAACCCCACUGUGGAGGUUGACCUCUACACUGCUAAUGGCCUAUUCAGGGCAGCCGUACCUAGUGGUGCAUCCACUGGAAUUUAUGAAGCCUUAGAGCUGCGUGAUAACGACAAGUCACGCUACCUCGGGAAAGGUGUCUCACAGGCAGUGGAGCACAUAAACUCAUCAAUUGGACCUGCGCUUAUUGAGCAAAAUGUAUCUGUGGUCGAGCAAGAGAAAAUCGAUCGGCUCAUGAUUGACAUGGAUGGCACAGAGAACAAAUCCAAAUUCGGGGCCAACGCCAUUCUCGGUGUGUCGCUGGCCGUUUGCAAGGCAGGUGCAGCGGAGAAAGGAGUUCCUCUAUAUCGUCACAUUGCUGACCUUGCAGGAAAUCCCAAAGUCAUCUUGCCUGUGCCGGCCUUCAAUGUGAUCAAUGGCGGCUCCCAUGCAGGCAACAAGCUUGCCAUGCAGGAGUUCAUGAUCCUUCCAGUUGGCGCAAGCACCUUCAGGGACGCUAUGCGCAUUGGAGCUGAGGUUUACCACAAUCUCAAAAAUGUCAUCAAGAAGAAGUAUGGCCAGGAUGCCACCAAUGUAGGUGAUGAAGGUGGCUUUGCUCCAAACAUCCUGGAGAACAAGGAAGCACUGGAGUUAAUAAAGGAGGCCAUAGCCAAAGCAGGAUACACAGACAAAGUUGUGAUUGGCAUGGACGUGGCAGCGUCUGAAUUUUACCGUGAAGGAAAAUACGACCUGGACUUCAAGUCUCCCGACGAUCCGUCUCGCUAUAUCACUCCUGAAGAGCUGGCCGACCUCUACAAGAGCUUUGUGAAGGAUUAUCCAGUGGUAUCCAUUGAGGACCCAUUUGACCAGGACGACUGGGCGGCGUGGAGCAACUUCACCGCCAGUACUGACAUCCAGGUUGUUGGAGACGAUCUCACGGUGACCAACCCGACACGCAUCUGCAAGGCUGUGGAGGAGAAGGCCUGCAACUGUCUGCUGCUUAAAGUCAACCAAAUUGGCACUGUAACCGAGUCCAUGCAAGCGUGCAAGAUGGCUCAGGAGAGCGGCUGGGGAGUCAUGGUUAGCCAUCGCUCAGGAGAAACCGAGGACACCUUCAUUGCGGACUUAGUUGUCGGGUUGUGUACUGGACAGAUCAAGACUGGGGCACCUUGCCGUUCCGAGCGUUUGGCCAAAUAUAAUCAGAUUCUCAGAAUUGAAGAGGACUUAGGAGACGAAGCAUGUUUUGCUGGGAAAAACUUCAGACAGCCGUUGGCAGAGUAA